AGUCUUUAUUUAAGCCCAGCGUCGAAACUUGUCGAUCAUAAGUUGUAGUAGCAGUGCUGCAGUUCAUCCCCAGUCAGGAAUCUUCAGAAGUCAGUGUCUGUACAGACAGCAGCUUCACAGAGACUAGGAUGGACCUUCUGUCCUUCGUCGACCUGCCCACAUGCCUUGUUCUGGUCCUGACCACAGGCAUCUUGUUCUAUCUUUACGGAAUAUGGCCCUUCGGAGUGUGGAAGUCACUGGGUAUGGAUGGACCGAAGCCUUCUCCUUUCAUUGGCAACUUUUAUCAGCUGGUCAAAGAGGGAAUGGAACCAUUUAUUGAAAAAAGAUCAAAGAAAUAUGGUCGCACGUUUGGCAUCUAUUACGGACGUGAUCCGAUGCUGGUGACCACGGACCUUGACAUUCUAAAGGAAGUUCUUGUGAAAAAUUUUAAUCAGUUUACAAACCGUUUUGAGAAACUGGAGAUUUUUCCAGAAGAAGUUGGGUCGAUGUUGCCCUUUACUACCGGAGCACAAUGGAAAAGAAUUCGACACAUACUCACACCUACCUUUAGCACGGGAAAGUUAAAGCAGAUGGAACACCAUAUUCAGCGCUGCAGCACACAGCUCACAAAAAACAUUGAGGAGGCUGUGCGGAAAGGUGAAAAGAUUGAAGUUAAAAGAUUUUUCGGGGCAUACACCAUGGAUGUGAUCGCGGGAACUGCGUUCGGAUUAGAAGUGAAUUCUCAGAAAGACCUCGACCAUCCAUUUGUCAGAAAUGCGGCAUCUGCUGCUGUAGACCUCUCAAGUCAAGGGUCAUUAUUAGUCCUACUUGCAAAGGCUUUUCCAUUUCUAACACCGUUGAUAAAAUUUCUGAUUAAAAACGUCUUCCACCCUAGAGGAGUGAAGUCAUUCAUUGGAAACAUUCGCCAUAUCAUAAAAGAAAGAAAACUGGAGGGAACUGCAAAUAGAAAGCCGGACUUGCUUCAAUUAAUCCUGAGCUGUGAGAGUAAUGAAACAGAUCGAAUGAAUGUUUUAUCCAGAGUUGAGGUCGUCGCCCAGGCUCUGACUUUCUUUGGCGCUGGGUACGAAACAACAGCCUCCACCCUGCAGUUCAUGGCGCACAGCCUGGCGCUGCACCCGGAGGUACAGGAGAAGAUUGUGUGUGAAAUCAAGGAACAGCUUGGCGAUGAGAUACCUACCUACGAAGGCGUUUCCAAGCUGAAAUAUCUGGAUGGAGCCAUUCACGAGACACUGCGGAUGUAUCCUCCAUCCAUCGCAGGAAACAGAAUGGCAUCUGAAGAGGUCACCAUUAAAGGCGUUACAAUCCCUAAGGGAGCUGGAGUUAUGAUUCCUAUCGGCAAUGUGAUGAAAGACCCGGAGUACUUUCCUGAACCUGACAAGUUCAUACCUGAACGGUUUUCCGAGGGCAGCAUUGAUCCCAUCUCCUUCCUAGCAUUUGGGUUUGGUCCUCGUCUGUGUAUUGGCAUGCGUCUGGCUCUGCUUGAGAUGAAGAUGGCCAUGGUUCACGUGCUGAGGAGAAUCAAGUUUAUGAAGACGGAUGAUCUACAGGAAACUCUGAAGAUCCAGACUGGUACACGUCUUAGAUUUCCAGACCAAGCCAUUGUCAUCAAAGCUGUGAUGCGAGACAACUGCUAAAUGUUAGAAUAGAACUAUGGGGCCUCACCAGGCAAACAUGAUUGCAUCGGACAUCACGGGGCGAAGCAUUUCCACAAGUCAUUAUUCCUAUCCCGUGAUGGGGUACUUACAGUCAGGAAUACCAAUCAUUAUUGAAAGACUCCGACAUAUCUUACAUUACAAAUAUUAUUUGAGUUACGGAGUGAAAAAAUAAAAUAUCACAUUGUCUUUCAUUCCUGUCGUCACCCUGGUCUUAAGACUAUACCCAGAAAUGUAAGGAUAAUCUUGUCUCCUUUGUGGACAGGCCAAUAAUCGUUUAUAUUGACUCUUGGCAUUUACCUUUCUUCUCUAACCUACCUAUUUGCGCGUUUGUACUAAUCAAUUAAAACGCUAGUUAUCAAGAUAAUGGCGGUUUAUAGAGCUUAAAUACUUUCAGUAGCAAAACAGUUAUUAUGCUCAUGGUCAUUAUUAUCGUCAAUUAUUUUGCCCUGGUUGGCCAUUAGAGCACUUGAUAUUACCACCAACUUUCUCGAUUCUUUGCCAUUGUCUGAGAUGCGCCGAAUGUAAGGACAGUCGGGUCUUGGAUGUCUGUCCCUUUGUCUUCCUUUAUCCUCUCAUCCGUUUACAUGAUUUUUGUACCACAAGUCUUUUCACUAGGGAUGGAGAAUUUUUCCUUGAUUCUCUGUUGUAUAUCUUUGCUGUUGGUUCGGUCUUUGUUGUGAUAUUUUUCAGAGCAGACGUAAAGAAUAGUUUUGCGCAAAAAUGACAGAUAAUCAGAGUUUUCGGUUUUUGCCCUUCACCUUAAUGCGCUUAACCCAUUGCAGCCUAGAAUUUCCAUUAUACCUUUGAAUCAUAUUUCAAAUUAUGACUGUAUUAAAAAAAGUAGAUUUGAUUGUUCAUUGUUCUGUUAUUGAUUCAUGUUAUAUUCAUUUCACUCUCUAUCUCUGUAUCUCUGCGAUUAAUGGUUUAAAUUAAUGUAUUCUUUCUAGACAUUAUAUACUUUGUUAUCCUUAACAAGAGGAGAGUUUGUAAAGAGUUGUCAUGUUAGUUAAGAUUUUACAACUUUCUAUAAUGGGAAUGACCUUUACAUUAUACGUGUGAAUAAACAGAACAUUAAGCUGA